AUGUCAGCAGCAGCAGUAUCAGGAGCAGUCAAGACGGCCGCCACCACGACCGCACAGUCGACCAAGAAGAACACCGUCUACCUCUUCCGCCAUAUCCAGACCUCGCAGGUUCUCGUCUCCCUGAAGAGCUCCGUCGAGAAACAAUCGUUGAAGCAGAUCACAGACGUGACCCGCCGCCCCGCACACGUCCGCCCGGACCACUGGCACCCCCUGGUCGCCAUCCAGGGGUUCUCCCGCCCCCAGGACGCCCUUUCCUUCCACAACUCUCUCCGGGACCACCAACUCAACCUCCACGCCGUCAAGGCCUCCAACCCCGAACAUAUUGCCCAGCCUCGUCGUUUGCGUGCACCCCAGGAGAUGAACCAGGUCGAUUCGACACUUGUCAAGAUGGUCGAGUUAUUGAACAACCAGCCUAAUAAGGGAAAGGGUAUGCAGAUCUUGUGGGAGAGGGAGGGUGUUAGGAAAUCUGUUCUGGAGAAGGAGGGUGCCGAGUUGAGUUUGGAGGGAUUUGAGCAUGGAGAGUUGGUUGUCAAGCGUGGACGGGAUAUCGUCAACGCAUAA